UAAACAAUUAAAUAAAUAAACGGCGCGUUUCCUGUAGCCAGCAGCAAAAAGAUGCGAGCUGUUGAAUUUUCUGCCAUUUUCGUGCCUCAAAAUUAGGGACGCUGUCAGUACGGAUGGAAGUCUCUGCCAUGGAGUUGUGAGAGAUCCUCUGCUCGUAUGUGUGUGUUUGCUGGUUUUUUUGGCUGAGUUUCCAGUUCAUCCAGCGCAGGUCACCGUUCAUUUCAGCUGACGUUGCCAAGACGGUUGUGAUCCCCGGUACUACUGCAGUUUUGCACCGCUUUCUCCGGAGCCCUGGUAUCAGGAAUGAGUAUAGAAAUCCCCGAGGGGUUGACGGAGCUUUUGCAGAGCUUUACCGUGGAGGUGCUGAGGAAUCAACCCCGGGAUCUGUUGGAGUUCGCCCUGCAGUAUUUCACCCAGCUGAAGGAGAACGAGAGCAGGGGGGGCGCGUUUGGCAAUGAGCAAAACUCGGCCGUGCGAGCAGGGAAAGCCGUCAACUUCAUCGAGGAGGCCAUGCAGAUCGACUCGGAGAACGAAGAGGAUGAGGAUGACGAUGAGGAAUUCGUAGCCCCAGUGAUAAACAGGUUCAUAAGACGAGCCUCUGUGUGUGCUGAGGCGUUCAACCCUGAUGAGGAUGAUGAGGACAAAGAGCCCAGGGUGACUCACCCGAAAACAGAUGAACAGAGGCACAGACUACAAGAGGCCUGCAAAGACAUUCUUCUUUUCAAGAAUCUUGACCAGGAGCAAAUGUCCCAAGUAUUGGAUGCCAUGUUUGAUAAGGCAGUAACUUCUGGUGAACACAUCAUUGAUCAAGAUGACGAUGGAGACAACUUUUAUGUCAUUGAGCGAGGGACUUUUGACAUCCUUGUGAAGUCAGAUGGCACCAGCAGAACAGUUGGCUCAUAUGAUAACCGUGGGAGUUUUGGGGAACUUGCCCUGAUGUAUAACACCCCACGUGCAGCCACCAUUGUUGCUACCUCACCUGGAGCCCUGUGGUGCCUAGACCGAUUGACAUUUCGAAGGAUCAUUGUAAAAAACAAUGCAAAAAAGAGGAAAAUGUAUGAGGCUUUCAUCGAGACCCUUCCACUGCUAACAUCUCUGGAGGUUUCAGAAAGAAUGAAAGUGGUGGAUGUCUUGUCAUCGAAAGUGUACAGUAAAGGAGAGCAAAUAAUUGCACAGGGUGACCUAGCAGACUCUUUCUACAUUGUAGAAUCAGGUGAGGUUAGAAUCACCAUGAAGAGAAACCGGUUGAAAACAGAUUCUGAGGAAGAAGAGGUGGACAUCGCCACGUGCACUAGAGGGCAGUACUUUGGAGAGUUAGCUCUUGUCACCAACAAACCAAGGGCAGCUUCUGCAUAUGCUGUGGAGAAUGUCAAGUGCUUAGUAAUGGAUGUCCAGGCUUUCGAGAGGUUAUUGGGACCCUGCAUGGAUAUCAUGAAACGCAACAUCGCAAACUAUGAAGAGCAGUUGGUCACCCUCUUUGGGAGUCAAACAGAAAUAGAGGAGCCAAGUGCAUGAAAUUAAACAAAAAAUACAUUUAAAAACUGAAAUGCAACAUAAAGAAAAGUUGAAAUAAUGGUGAGUACAGGCCUUUCUACAGGCCUUUGUUCAGAUGCCAUAUGAUCAUAACUUUUGAAGUUUUGAGUUCUUGUUUUGCAUUCACAGAAGUGAAGCUCUGGUGUGUCAGUGAUAGUGAUUUUUACAAAUGACAAGCCAAACAUGUAGGAGAUCCUUAACAGGUUACACAUGGUUUAUAAAAAAAGUUUUUUUCCCAUGAGUACAGUGUUUUAUCACGCUGGGAUUAUACUGUAUUUAUCCAGUUACUGGGUAAAAUGUCAGUUUCUCUUUUGUGUUUUGUGUUUUGUUCACUCGUAUUGGGAUGGAAUUAUUUUUACAGUGAAUUUUACUUUCUCUCUCAGUAUUUAACAGCGAACAUUUGCAGUCUGCUAUAAUCAUUUUUCAUAUAUUUUGAAAUUAUUUAAAUUUUGUAAUUUUUUUUGUGCACUUGUCAAUGAUUUAAACUCUGUAGUGUACCUACAGAGAAUGAGCAAAUCACAAAGAAAUUUGAAAGGGCCCUGCAUUUGAGCACAAGACUGGGAUAGAAACCAAAACAUAACAUGUUAAUUUGUGUUAAUAAAAGCUAGCAGUGUGAUAUUGAUGGAAACAUGCGAUGGCUUUAUAAUAUGAGGUAAAAGAGAACAAAGGAAACAAAAGUGUGUGUAUACUGAUAUUGCACUUUGAAGCUAGCUGUGAAGGGAAAAAGUAAUUGCACACAUUUAAACAUUAUAUUGUACACAGUAUUUUAAAAUUUAGUUUUUAGUCACUGUCAUAAAUAUGUUGUCAUUUUAUAUUCAUACUUUAAAAAGGUAGCUUAUUUAUUUUACACCUUGAUACUUAAAUUUUGACAUUUUCAGUCUCAGUGUAUCACUGUAGUGUUAGACAUACAGUAUUUGACAUUUGUGAAAGAGUCAUCUUUUAGCCAUUGUUUUCUACAAACCAGGGUGUGGUUGCUUUUGGUAAAACUAAUAAGAAUAAUCACGAUCAAAUGCACAUAUCGCUUUAUCUACACGAUUAGGCUAUUUUGCCCCUACAAAUUCUAUAUUUUGCCUCUGAUCUGCAAUAUGCUUCACCACUUUCAGUCAUGUUUUGCUAUUAUGUUUUACUGUAUCUAUCCCUUUCUCUGUAUUUAUAUCAUAGUGUCUUUACUCCACCGGCAAGUUAACCAUUAUAGAACUUUUUCUUCCGAUGACAUUUGAUAAGAUUAUUUAUUUAUUACUGUCUACCUCCACACACAAACAUCACAACAUUACUCCACGCGGGAGCCUGCAGCCUCCCUUUCCUAGUAGCUGGCCUCUACUGAGCGCUUUUAGUGUAGGCUGUUUGUGUAGGUCCAUCAUUUUUUAUAAAAUUCAGCUUGUACACCUGUUAGAGACUUUCAAUUGCGAAUAAUGUUGACCUGUGUUUUAUAUAUUUAUUAACAUCAGUUACUGUGUCUGAUUUCACCACCUCUGCAAGUAGCUCUUUGUGUUGCCAGUACUCUCUACUACUAUUCCAUGAAAUUCAGAUUUAAGGUCUACAGACUCUUGACUCUCGCCAGAGUAUCCACAGUAUUAUUGUCAGUGAUAUUUGACUUUCCAUCAAAAUAAAAUACACUUUUGUAUUAAA